GUUGCACUGCCCUCGAUGCUUUUCUAUUACAUUUAUUUUCCUAUUAAUGGAAACUAUGUUGACAUCUUGCAAUUCUUGGAGGUUAACCUAAAUACAAUCUUGCCUUUUAAACUCUUGCUUCAAGCCCUAUCCAAGCUUUAGGUUAUUAAUUUAGGUUUGAAUGUUUUACUUAUAGACUUUAUUUGUUCAUUAAGAAAAAUGACAUCAGAAGAAGGGGAAAACUUUUCCAUGCCAAGUGCGGGUUCAACUCCAAUUACAGGCAGUACUUCAACUACUGAUGGAACCUUGGUAUCUAAAAGAAGAAAGUUGACUUCGGUUGUUUGGAAUGAUUUUGAUAAAAUCAUAGAAGAUGGACAAGAUUAUGCUAUUUGUAAGCAUUGUAAGGGAAAGCUUAAGGUCAAUAGCAAGAAUGGGACAAAACACUUACAUGUACACAUAGAUAGGUGCAUGAAACGAAGAAAUGUUGAUAUUAGGCAACAAUUAUUGGCAGUAGAGAGAAAAGGUCAUGGAAAAGUUCAAAUUGGUGGUUUUACCUUUGAUCAAGAAAUGUCAAGAGAGAAGCUUGCACGUGCAAUUAUAUUGCAUGAGUACCCACUUUCAAUCGUUGACCAUGUGGGGUUUAAAGAUUUUGCUACUAGUCUCCAACCCUUGUUUAAGAUGGUUUCCCGCAAUACGAUUAAGGGUGAUAUAAUGAAGAUUUAUGAGGUUGAGAAAGAUAAGAUGAUUAGCUACUUAGAGAAACUUCAAAGUAGAGUUGCUAUCACAACUGAUAUGUGGACAUCAAAUCAAAAGAAAGGCUACAUGGCUAUCACUGUACAUUACAUUGAUGAGUCUUGGUUACUACACCAUCAUAUUGUAAGGUUUGUUUAUGUGCCUCCUCCACACACAAAAGAAGUUCUUUCAGAUGUAUUAAUGGAUUUCUUGUUGGAUUGGAAUAUGGAUAGAAAAGUUUCUGCAGUCACUGUUGAUAAUUGCUCAAGUAAUGACGGAAUGAUCAAUAUCUUGGUGGAGAAAUUAUGUUUGAGUGAUUCACUCUUAUUGAAUGGAAAAAUUUUCCACAUGCGAUGUGCGGCACAUGUGUUGAACUUAAUUGUUAAGGAAGGUUUGGAUGUCAUUGAAGUAGAAAUUGAAAAAAUUCGUGAGAGUGUUGCAUAUUGGUCAGCAACCCCAUCAAGAAUGGAAAAGUUUGAAGAUGUAGCUCGCCAAUUGCGUAUUCCAUGCAAUAAGAAGUUAAGUCUUGAUUGUAAGACACGAUGGAAUUCCACAUACUUGAUGUUAUCAAUUGCUAUAACAUAUAAAGAUGUGUUCCCACGUUUGAAGCAACGUGAAAAAUACUACAUGGUUGUGCCAACAGAGGAAGAAUGGAAUAUGGCAAAGGAAAUAUGUGGAAGAUUGAAAUUGUUUUACAACAUAACAGAGUUGUUCUCAGGACGAAAUUAUCCCACUGCAAAUACUUUCUUCAUCAAAGUGUGCGAAAUCAAAGAGGCAUUGUAUGAUUGGUUGAUAUGCUCAAAUGAUGUUGUGAAAACGAUGGCAUCAAGUAUGUUGCAAAAGUUUGACAAGUAUUGGAGUGGGUGUCAUAUUGUGAUGGCAAUAGCAGCUAUAUUUGACCCAAGAUACAAGAUAAAGAUUUUAGAGUUUUACUUUCCACUAAUGUAUGGGUCUGAAGCUUCAAAUGAGAUAGAAAAAAUCCGUGGAAUGUGUUAUGAGUUGCUUUCUGAGUAUCAAUCAAAAUCUAAUUUGGGGCAAAAAACUUCAUCCUAUGGUACUUCAUCAGGUUCAACUCUUUUGGAGUUAAACUAUAAUGAACAAGAUCCUCUUUCAAAGUUUGACUUAUUUGUUCAUAGUACCAUUGGAGAAAGUCAUACGAAGUCGGAGUUAGAUUAUUACUUAGAGGAGUCUAUUCUGCCAAGGAAUUCAAAUUUUGAUGUUUUAAGUUGGUGGAAGACAAAUGGUAUAAAGUAUCCGACUUUGCAGAUGAUUGUUCGUGAUAUCUAUGCUAUUCUGGUAUCUACAGUUGCAUCUGAGUCAGCCUUUAGCACGGGUGGUAGGGUGGUAUCAAAACAUCGCAGUAGGCUUCAUCCAGAUACUUUGGAGGCCUUAAUGUGUGCUCAAAGUUGGUUAUGGAAGGAAAAGGAAGGUGAUUCAUCAAUUCAUGACUCACAACCCCAACUCACAAUGAUGGAUGAAAAUGAUGAUUUACUUGUACUUUAGAUUUUUUACUUAAGAUGAUGUUAGAGACAUUUUUUCUUUCUUUUUUGCUAACAAUUUCUUUGUAAUGUCUUUUUUUUUUUAUUUUUUUUCAAUGUUGUUAAGCUUAUGGAUUUAUUUUAAUUUUGGAUAUUAUAUUUUGGCAUGUCUUCUAUGAUGUUAAUUACCAUGGUUGUAACUAAGAACCACAUUCUUUACAAUCAAGUUCAAGACUUGCAAGGUAGAGUCCUUGUAAGGAAAUGUUAUAGAUGAGACGCUAGGUUGCAGCCAGUCAGUUCCUUUGGAUGAUUGCAGCUCAACCCUGAUAAUCACCCAUCUUGGCUGGGGGUGCAGCUGAGCUAUGGUUGAUCUUUUGGGGCAUUUGGGUGGAGAUCUCUCUCUUUGUGGAUGGAUAUAUAGUAGGAUAGUCUCCUGUUUCAUGCUAAGUAAGCACCCUCUCCCUCUCACAAAGAUAUAUAGUAGGUUGUCAAACUGCCCAAGGUAAGCCUAUUUUCUUUCUUUCUCCUUUUAUUAUGGUGAAAUUCCUUCAUAUUCAGCAUGCUAGAAAAAGUUACAAAUCUUCUGUUUGUUAAAUAGAGAAACAAUUCUUCUUUCCUUAUAAAGGCUUGCAAUAUUUGGAAUGGUUGUGGUGUGUAUACAGGGGCUUGACACAAUGGUGGGUGAACAUGGAACUCAGCUAUCUGGGGGACAGAAGCAAAAAAUUGCAAUUGCAAGAGCCAUUUUGAAGAACUCACGAAUCCUUCUUCUUGAUGAAGCAACAAGUACACUGGAUGCUGAGUCUGAACGCAUCGUCCAAGAUGCACUAGUAAAUGUGAUGGUAAAUCGAACUACUGGUAAACAAAUAGCACGCGUACUUGGGAAGGCACCCACAAUUGCAGCAGCAGCUUAUUUGAGGAUGGCAGGAAGACCUCCAAUUCUCCCUUCCAGCAGUUUUUCUUACUCAGAGAACUUCUUAUAUAUCCUAGAUUCAUUGUAUGUUUUGUUUGAUAUCUUUGGUCCUCACUUAUUUAUAUACAGGUAGAAUUUGGGGAAUUCUCUUUGUCUCUAAUUUAGGAGGAUCCUAUUCCAGGCUGAAUAAACUAGAAUUGUUCCCUGGCUAUUAGUUUGUAGAACUUUGCUCGAUUUCAAAGUUGCAUGAGUACUCCGAAUUUUUGUCCCAAGAGAUACUGCAGAUUGUUCAAUUGUUUGUUAUUUCAAAAUUUCAUGCUGCAGAUUGUCCUAUUAUUUGUUAGGGAAUGGGAAUCAACCUAAACACUCAUAUGCAGUAUCUUUGUGGAAAAAGAAAAAAUCUGCAGUUAGUGACUUCUUACUAUAUAUGACCAUGUUUUCUUCUCUGUAUGAUGAACUCCUCCAAAGUGUCAUAUGUACUAAACUCUCAAUUCAAAACAGUGAAAUAGAAUCAAAUGUAUAACAUAAAUGCUUACAUACUACUUUUAUGGUAGUGCUACUUGUAAGAUGUGCAACAUAAAUACUUGAAUACUUAUGUUGUUGUGGAUUCACAUACUGGUUCUAAUUUGUGGCCUUUUGUAAAUAAAAAAAAUAAUUAUAGGCUUUGCUGAAAAUGGGUAUUCGUGGUGUUACUGUUUCUGAUGUCCGAGGCUUUGGUGCUCAAGGCGGUUCGCCUGAAAGACAGGCAGGCUCUGAAUUUUCUGAGGACAAAUUUGUUGCUAAAGUUAAAAUGGAGAUUGUGGUGAGCAAAGACCAGGUUGAAGCAGUAAUUGACAAGAUCAAUGAGGUGGCAAGGACUGGAGAGAUUGGUGAUGGCAAGAUCUUUUGUAAGAUUUCAGGCUUUCUUCUUUAGGUUUUAAAAAUGGUGGAAUCCUUUAAUUUUCUAGUUUUCUGAACUUCAGAGCUGUGCUCUGUGACUUCUGGGUGAAUAAGCCAAGGAAACUUAAUCUAACCUUGUCAUUUGCAGCUAUUAAGAAUCUUCGCAAUUUCAUUUAUACAUACCCAUAAAAUUAAAUUUCA